AUGGCAGCAGCAGUGGCGGCGCCGGCCUCGCCGGCAGUCGACCCCUCGACGCGCAAACGCGUCCUCAGAGUCAUCGCUAUCUCCCUCCUCCUUGACCUGAUAUCCUUCACCUUCAUCCUCCCCCUGUUCCCGAAGCUCCUCGAGUUCUACCGUGAUCGCGAAGUCGGCCCCGCCAUUGCCGAUGCGACCGGCCCCGCGACCCUCCUGCAGUCCGUCUUCUCGGGCCUGAACCGCUACAAGGCCGCCUUCGCCCGCCCCAUUGACUCGCGCUACGACAUCGUCCUCCUCGGCGGCGCCCUCGGCUCUCUCUUCAGCUUGCUGCAGGCCGUCGCCUCCCCGCUUAUCGGCCACCUCUCGGACCGCCACGGCCGCCGCACUGCCCUGCUGGCCUCCAUGUGUGGCAACAUUCUCUCCGUGCUCCUGUGGGUAGUUGCCGUCGACUUCCGCACCUUUGUCGCCUCGCGCGUUGUCGGCGGCCUGUCCGAGGGCAACGUUCAACUUGCGACGGCCAUGGCGACCGAUAUCUCGGACGAGCAGAGUAGGGGAUCGACCAUGGCCCUCAUCGGCGCGUGCUUCUCCAUCGCCUUCACCUUUGGCCCCGGCCUGGGCGCCUGGCUGAGCACAAUCACCACCGUCAAGGAGAACCCCUUCGCCACCGCUGCCGGCUUCAGCCUGUUCCUCAUCCUGACCGAGACCAUCUACCUGUACUUCUGCCUUCCUGAGACCCUCCCCGCGUUGACCGGCAAGGGCCGCGCCGCCACCGCCGCCUCCAAGGAGGAGGAGAAGAAGAAGCCGACAACAGCUUCGACCCCGCUGCUGCGAACCAACUCCCACUUCCUUCUCAACGCUGUCCACUUCGUCUUCCUGCUCUUCUUCUCCGGCAUGGAGUCCUCGCUGUCCUUCAUGACCUACGAGCUCUUCGCCUUCGGCUCGGCCAAAAACGGCCGCCUCCUCGGCUUCGUUGGCCUCGUCGCCUCGAUCCUGCAGGGCGGCGUCACACGCCGCCUCCCGCCCCUGCUCUCCGUGCGCGUCGGCGUCGUGGCGUGCCUAAUGUCCUUCGUCCUCCUGGGCCGCAUCACAACCACCUCGGGCCUGUACGCCGCGGCGACGUGCCUGGCCAUCACCUCGGCGACCGUUGUCACGGGCCUGAACGCGCUCAGCAGCUUCGAGGCCGCCGAGGGCGAGCGUGGCGGCAAGCUCGGCAUCCUCCGCAGCUGGGGCCAGCUCGGUCGUGGACUGGGGCCUAUCCUCUUCACCAGCGUCUACUGGUGGGCCGGCCGCGAGGUCGCCUACACCAUGGGCGCCACGGGUAUGGCUGUCGUGGCCGCCGCGGUGUUCGCCGGCCUGAAGUCGCCGCCCGCCUCGUUAAAGAAGAAGGUUCCCACCGAAAAGAAGGCCGCGUAA